AUGAAUGAAUUUAUUUUUUAUCUGUGAUUUAUAAAAAGUGAGAAAACGCAAAAAAAAAAUUAAAUAAAAGAGAAAAUCAUUAAAAUAAAAUGUUAUUAUUCGAUUUGAUUUUGGGUUUUUAACCAGUUUAUUUAUAAUAAUUUCUUUGCAAAAAAAAAAAGAAAGCAGACAAGAGAGAGGAAGAAACGAAAUUUCGAAUUAAUCUCACUCUCAAAUUUAAUUUUUCCAUACAUAUAACUCUUAAAGAAAAACAAUUCAAUAAGCAUAAAAAAUAUUGAAAAAAAAUAUAUUGAAGUUAAAGUUAAAAAAACUUAUUUUUAAAUUCAAUUAACAGAGUACUGCCAAAGUAGUAAAAAUAUUUGUUUAUAUUGUUGUUCUUGUUUUCCAAAUUUAUUCUUUUUGUUUUAACGAAAUGAUUUACACUCUAUUGAUGGUAUUUUCUAAAAGAGAAUGCAUUAUUAUCACCACUUUCAAAAACAGCGAAAUCAACAACAUCAACAACAACAACAAGUACAGAAAAGUAAACAAUACCAGCAGCAUAAACAACAAGAGCCACCACAACAGUGUUAUUAUCGAAAACAAUUGCAGUAUCAGAACGAGAAUUAUUCGUAUAACAAUCGAAUAAAUCGGAUUAAAAUUUUUCAACUAAAGAAUAGUAUAUAUAAUAAGCGGUUUCAAUGUCGCUCGUAUUUUCCGGGGGAAGUUCAUUUGCAAUGGACUUAAAAUCCGGUACAUUGCUAGUACCGCCAGCUGUAAAAAAUUCUAGUUGUUCACAUCCUAGAUAUACAGGACACAGUUUUAUAUCACAAAUCGGAUUAGCUGAAACAAUUGAAGCAUUUUUAAUUUUUGUAUUAACAUUAGGUGUAAUUGGUGCUAAUAUAUUAGUUAUAUUUGUAAUAAAUAAUCGUAGAUAUUCACAAUAUAUACAUCAACAGCCGCGUUAUUUACUCACAUCGUUAGCUCUUAACGACCUUGCUAUUGGUCUUUUAAUAACACCAUUUGGUCUUAUACCAUCAUUAUUCCAUUGUUGGCCUUACGGUGAGAUAUUCUGCCAAAUUCAGGCUUUAUUACGUGGAGCCUUAUCACAACAGAGUGCUGUAAUAUUAGUAUGCAUGGCAGUCGAUAGAUACAUGUGUGCUCUUCAUCCGACUAGAUACCAUAUGCAUUCUAGUAAAAAGGGAUGUGUUGCAAUAUUAAGUUUAACAUGGGUUAUUAGUUUAACAGUUUUUGGUUGUUUAGUAUUACCAAAAGGAUAUUAUUUUAAUAAUACAGGCCUAAUGGCAUGUGAACCAUUUUAUUAUAAGCCGUCAUAUAGAAUAUUGGCUACAUGUGCACUAUAUUUUCCAACAACAAUGGUAUUAAUGUACUGUUAUGGUUCUAGUUUUCAUAUGAGUCGUUUUAGACUCAACGAUUUACCACCAUCAGCACAUCCAAUACAUCAAUUUCAUCAAUCAUUACAAUCAACACCAGUUGGUAGUUUACCAUCAACAAUACCAGUUUUAAUAGCAACAGCAAAUACAAUAACAAAAAAGGUGGUUCCUAUACAGGAAAGAACAUCAAAUGGGUCAACGUCCCGAUCCAUGGCAGCGAUAUCACUAGGAUUUAUUGUUAUGGUUACACCUUGGACAAUACAGGAAAUAGUAACCGCUUGUACUAAUUCUAAGCUUCCUCCCUUCUUAGAUUUUCUUGUAACAUGGACUGCAUUAAGCAAUAGUUUUUGGAAUCCAUUUUUAUAUUGGCUGUUAAAUGCACAAUUUAGGAGACUUAGUAGACAUUUAUGUUCCAAUAGGUUUUGUCCACAUACCGAAAGUCCAGAACAUAAAUCACAUUGUUGUAGUAUAAGUGCUGAUUGUGAUGCUAGUUCAUUACCGAUACCACCAGGACCACCAUCAUCAAGACCACCACAAAUAAUUGGUAUGGAAACAUCAUUAUCAAUUGGCCCACCAUUAUCAUUACAACGUCAUCAUCAUCAACAUCAUCAGCAUCAAAUUAUAAGACCAGAUAUUGAAGGACUAUCUGAAAAAUAUUGGGGUGAAAUACUUGAGCGAACCGUAAGUUCAAAUAGUUUACAUGCACUACAAAAAUCCUUUUCACAAUCUACCCAGCAUCUUAAUCAACAGCAACAUCAUCAUCAACAUCAUCAACAUUAUCAACAUCAUCCACAUCAUCAAAUAUAUCAGCAUCAACAUCAAUAUCAUCAACAGAAUCAUGAACAACAACAAUUAGAACAUCAACAACAUUUAUCAUCACAGCAACAUUUACAGCAACAACAGCAUCAUCAGCAACAACACCACCAGCAAUCAUUAUCACAACCGUCAUCAUUAGAUUUACAGCAGCAGCAGCAUCAUACAAAUAAAUUAACAAAAAUGAAUAGCGAUUUAAAUUUGACAAUACAUGAAAAUGGUGAUCAUCAUCGUAGUACAACACAAACAGCAAUGACAGACGAUGAAGAUGACAAUAAUGAGAUUAUUAGUAAAUUGCAUCCUUCUACAAGAAAAAUUAGUGCAUCUAUAGCAAAUUUAUCAACAACAACAACAACAGGAGGAACAACAAAUGCAAAUACAUCUAGUACUGAACAAAAAUUAUGCGAACAUAUCUAUCACGAUGUUAAUUGUGCUAAAACAAAAGCAGCAGCAGCAGCUGUUGCAUCAUCAAAUCGUACCAGUAGUGGUGUUACAUUUAAUGGUUGCCAUAAUGAGAAGAAAAAUUUACCAGAUAUAUAGUACGCCGAGGAUGUUAUCUUAGGGAAACAGAAACAAAAACAAAAAUUAAAAAUGAAGAGUUUUUCAAUUAAAUAAAGGACAAACAAUUUUUUUUUUUUUUUUGUAUUUUUAAUUUUUACUAUUUAAAUUUAAAGAAAUUGUUAAACUUUUUGAUUGAUUUAAGCUAUUAGAUAACAAGUUAUGUAGAUUUAUUAUUUUAAUAUGAAGUAAGUUGGAAUAUUGAAUUGCUUAAAUUAUCGCAUGUUUAUGUUACCAAAAGCAAUUUAUUUAAAUUUACAGGGAACCAACCCGAUUUAAUUCGUUAUGUGUCAUAACAUUAAGAAUUUGUUAAUAGUUUUACAUAAACUUUACAACUGUUCUAAUGUAUUCAAGGGUCCAAAGCAAUGGCUUCGACCAGAUUAACUAUUCGAAAGUUCUCUUAGUUUCUUAAUAACCUCAUAUAGCUUCUUAAUAUUUACCAAUCUAUGUGAGUAUUUCUCGCCUAAUUCGGUUUUUCUUCCUCGCUGGAACAAACAACUCAAAACGAUCAAUUAAAGUUGUAUUUCAUUCCACAUUAAUGUUUGUGUAUUCCGAAUAGUCCGAAUCUACUUCGACUUCCAGAAUACCAAGAUUACUUGAUGACCCCCAAAAUCACUAACCGAAAUAUUAAACGUGUCAAAUACAUAUUAAAAUAUAAAUUAAUUAAUUUAACAUAAUUUUUCACUUUAAAUACACAGUGUUUUUAAACUUGUGUACACACAUAAAAUUUCAAUUGUAAAUAUUCUGCUUUUAAAAUACUUUUAAUUAAAUAUUUAUUUUUUUUUUUGAGAAAAAGAAAACAUAAAAAACAAAUUGUACAGGAAAAAAAAUUUACAAAUU